UCUCUGUUCUUUGGAAAUACAGCAAUUUUUUUUUUUUUUAAAUCACGUUGACAUUUAAUAAAGUGCAUACGGCAUAACAGCGCGUGUGCAUGAAUUCUUUUACACUACGGAAGUAGAGUUACUUUCACUUUCAUUUUUUGGGAGUAGAGGCCCGCGUGUCAGAUUGCUUCGUCUCUCACGAUGGCAGCAACUAAACCUUCUCUGUCCGCUGAUCAAUACUCGUGCCCAGUAUGUCUGGAGGUCCUGAAGGAGCCGGUCACUCUUACGUGUGGACACAACUACUGUCUGGACUGCAUCAACGACUACUGGGACAAGGCAGACAAAGAGGGGGUUUAUAGCUGUCCUCAGUGCAGGCGAACAUUUAACGUGAGGCCAGAGAUGAACAGAAAUGUAUUGUUAAAAGAUAUAAUAGGGAAAUUACAAGACAUGGAAGUCACCAUCUCCCCGUCUCAACAAUAUGCUGGACCUGACGAUGUGCCCUGUGAUGCGUGUUCAGGGAAACAACUGAGAGCAGUAAAGACCUGCCUGACGUGCAUGGCCUCCUACUGUGAGACUCACCUGCGGCCUCACCGGGAAUCUGAAGCCUUCAAAAGACACAUGCUGAAGGAGCCGACUCGAAAUCUUGCAGAGAAACUGUGCACGAAACACCAAGAAGUUCUGAAAAUCUUCUGUCGGACCGAUGAGACCUGCGUCUGCCUAAUGUGUGCAGUGACCGAACAUAAAAAUCAUGACACGGUGACACCUGAAGAAGAGAGAGCUGAGAGACAGAGUCAGGUUGAGAACAAAAUGGCAAAAAUGAAGAAGAGAAUUCAAGAGAAAGAAAGGGAAGUGGAGGAGACAAAGGAAGCCAUUGUGAGGAUUCAGUGCUCUGCAGUGAAAGAAAUACAGGAACACCAGGAGAUUUUUACAUCUCUACUGCGGUCCAUAGAGAAGUUACAAUCAGAGGUCACUGGAGUGAUUAAGGAUCAUGAGAAGAGGGAAGUGACAAAGGCUCAAGAGCUCAUUGAGCGACUGGAGAAGGAGAUCGAGGACCUGAGGAGGAGAGAUGCUGAGCUGGCUGAGCUCUCACAGUUAGAUGACCACAUCCACUUUCUAAAGAAGUUCCCAUUUUCCGGUUUCACUCCUGAAAAUGGCAAUUUACCCAACGUCACUUUUAAUGAAGAUUUUCUUCCUGAGACACUGAGGAAAGACCUGACUGAUCUGAAGGAGAGCUUGGAGAAGAUCAGCAGCUUAGAACUUGUGGAAACUAGUGAGACAGAUGUCAAUACUCCAGAUUAUGCCAUACAGAAUCUGAAAAUUGGAGAUCAAGUUUUAAAAUUUAUCAGUGAGCGCCCCCUGCUGUCUGACAUAGAAAUGGUCAAAGGUUCAAAGGUGGGUAAACCGUGCACUCUCAGCUGCACCAUUUCCAGGUUCUUCCCUAGUGAACUCACAGUCACCUGGCUGAGGGUCAGAGCAGAGGAUGGACAUCAACCUGUUACUGCAGGAUCAGCCCACUGGACAGCAACAGUGAACACAACCAGGCCGGAGAAGAGAAAUAACACCUAUGAGGUGACCUCUGUGGUCCAGUUCACUCCUAGCCGUCUCAGCGAAGUAGAAGAGAUGACAUACAUCUGCAGGGUUGAACAUGUGACCCUUAUGGGAAAGGCCAUUGAGAAGAAGUCUGGCAGAUUGGAGUUAGCUGCUGUUAACAGUAAACCCCAGCUCUCUAAUGUGCAGAUUUUCUUCACUGAAUUUAAUCAGCCCUGCACCCUGACCUGCGUCGUGUCAGACUUCUAUCCCAAGGGUAUCAAUGUCAUGUGGAUGAGAAGACACAAGGAAUCACAGAGUACUGACAUGGCAGAGUCAGAGAACUGGAUGGCCAGGGUGUGUCACUAUGGACCAACCUUAAGAGAUAAUAAAUACUCGCUGGUGUCUCGGGUCGAGUUCACCCCACAAUCCCUGAAUGACCUGGAGGACAUGGAAUUCAUCUGCAGAGUGGAGCACAAGUCCCUGAAGAAGGUGUCCAUUGAGAAGAGUUCCUCAGUGAUUCCUGGUCUGCAGAAGCGGCCAAUUGUCUCAAAUGUUCAAGUGGAUAAUUAUCAUGUUGGAUAUGACCAGAAAUUCAAGCUGAGCUGCUCCAUCCAGGAUUUUUUCCCCAAAGACAUCAAAGUAACCUGGAAGUCAGUAACAGGAAGCUAUCAUGAGGAAUACCAUGAGGAAUACUAUGGUGGAUGCUAUGGUACUUCACUUUGUGUUCCUCAGAGAGGACAAUAUAGCUACCAUCUGGUGUACAACCGCACUUUCACUCCUCGGAGUCAGAAACCAGAUGUGAUCUGUAAGGUGGAGCAUGAGACUCUGAACGGCAAGUGUAUCGAGAUACGGGCUGGGAACUGGGCCGGGUGAAUGUGUCUGUGUUGUUUGCAGUGCUGGGUAAGUUACUUUUAAAUAGUAAUAUAUUAAAUAUUACAUGUUACUUAAAAAAGUAAUAAGUAUAUAAGAAUAUUACUUUUUAUUAAGUAGUUUAUUAUAUAGUAUUUUAUUACUUCACAAAUAAAUUAUGGAAGUUCAAAAAUAUUCGGCAGGCAAAUGUUUAAGAAAAACACAGUACAUUCAUGAACACAUCUGCAACUGAAUGAGCUCUCACAGACAAACACACAAUAACAAUUAUUAGCUAUUUUCAAUAUAAUCACUGCAAGGCUAUAAAUGAAUAAAAUGCAUA